UUUGUAAAUAGCUUUCGAUGUACUCGUGAAAAAAAAAAAAAAACAACAUUCUCGUAGCAUCACCACUGCGCCUUCUCCAGCGUACUUUUGCGUUCUUGAAAUCUCCUCUGAUUACGUGCAGUUAAUGCCAUAUCUUCACAGAAAGUGGAAACUCCCGGCCCUAUAAAACCCAAUGUUCCCGAGACAGAAGGGCCAGAAAAUCAAGGCAAGUGUCGUUUGGCUGGCGAGAAAAUGAAGCUUGGCAAACUUUUGUAAGAGGAUCUCCGGAAGGUUCGACAAGGUCGGGGGUGGGGCGGUGCAGGUUGGGCCCCAUUGAUUGCGAGGGCUGUCCGGUGGAGCCCCAACAGAGUUCGGCACGAGGUCCCGAAAAUCGGUGCAGUGAUUAGAAUUGGAUGAGGUGGAUGGAUCCUACUCUAAAAUUCUCGAUGUUACUGAUGCUUCUGGGCUUGAUUUCAAUACUAGUGAAUGCCUCUCAUUUGAAGAGUGAUUUUGGGUAUUGUGAAAGAGUUGUAAAAAAGUGGGCGUUUUCUUCCCUUGAUCAAGAAGUCAAAGAAGACAGACACACACUGCAGGAUUUAAUGUUUUUCCUCCAUGUCCCCAGAACAGGAGGCCGGACAUAUUUCCAUUGCUUCUUGAAAAAGUUGUACUCUAGAUCUCUGGAAUGCCCGCGUUCUUACGAUAAGCUGCGGUUUGAUCCGAGCAAGCCAAAAUGCAAGUUGUUGGUUACUCAUGAUGACUAUAGCAUGAUGUCCAAACUUCCCAGUCAAAGGACUUCUGUGGUGACAAUACUUAGGAAUCCAGUUGACCGUGUUUUCAGUACUUACGAAUUUUCAGUUGAGGUGGCAGCAAGAUUUUUGGUGCAUCCUAAUUUAACCUCUGCAACGAAAAUGGCUGGGCGCUUGCGGGCUAAGAUUCGUGGAGUUAGUACACUAGAUAUUUGGCCAUGGAAGUAUUUGGUUCCGUGGAUGAGAGAAGACCUCUUUGCUCGGAGAGAUGCUAGAAGACAAAGGCACUCAGAUGAUGUUAAGAGCAAUGAUUCCUAUGACAUGGAGGAUAUGGUUAUGCCAUUACAUGAAUACAUUAACAACCCUAUUGCUCAUGAUAUCCUUCACAAUGGGGCCACAUUCCAGGUUGCAGGAUUGACAAACAACUCUUAUCUAGCGGAAUCACAUGAGGUCCGCCAUUGUGUACAACAGUAUAAGAUUCUUGGUGAACAUGUGCUUCAAGUUGCGAAGAAGAGGUUGGGCGAUAUGUUAUAUGUUGGUCUCACUGAGGAACACAAAGAAUCUGCAACAAUGUUUGCAAAUGUGGUUGGUGCGCAGGUGAUUUCCCAGCGGAGAGCAUCAAACAUGAGUAUGGGUAGUGUAACUCACGACAAACCAGAACAGAGCUCUUCGUUCACGGAUUCCGAGCCUGAAGAUAAUGACCAUCAGAAUAGCACCUUUCACCAAAAUGCAGGCCAGCUUGCUUCAACUGAUGAUGGUGAAGUAACGAAAGGAAAUAUGACUGUGGAAGAACUUAUGGGAGCUUAUGAAGUCUGCAUCUCUAGUCUGAGGAAGGAACAAGCACGCCGACGCACUGCCUCUCUGAAGAGAAUAGCCCCUGCAAACUUCUCAAAGGAGGCACGUCUUCAGGUUCCUGAAGUUGUUCUCCAGCAGAUAAGAUCACUUAACAACCUUGAUUUGGAGCUUUACAAGUAUGCUCAAGACAUUUUUGCAAAGCAACACAAACGUACCAUGGAGAAGCUUGUAACGUUAGAGAGGCGGGAGAGCAUGUUUAACGACUCACAUGGCGCUGUGCUUUGUAAAGUCUUUUUGUUAGCUAUGAGCAUUAUCUUACUCCUCUUUCUUUUCUUUCUUUUUGUAAAUGCAAGGAGAACAUCAAAAGUUAAGAUAUAAAAAUCUUAUUUAAUCACGAAUUGUAGGGUUCCCGGGCUUCAGAAAUUGAGGGAUCCGAUAGAAUAGUAGUGUGAUCAUAUUCGUUGGUGGAAAUUUUGACUUGUUUUUCACUACUAUUCAAUUGAUGUAUUACACAGACCAGUUGACCAACCCACUUGCGCAGUUGGACGUUACUCUUAAUUAUCAAUGCUGUAGAUGGAUGGGAGUGGUUUAUAUUUUUUAUCAAUCGUGCUGUAAUGUUGUGUU